AUGUCGUCCCUGUCACAACUCGGCAGAUCUGCGCGUGCAAUCAACGCCACCCUCCCAAGGGUAUCCGUCGCUAGAGUCGCCACCAACAUCGCUCCCAGACGCACCCUCCUCACCCUUGCCACCGCUGCUCGUCGCCAGGGAGCCGUCCUCGCUCAAAGGACUUCUGCUUUCAACAAGACCUCCUCCCAGACUGCUCUCCGCGCUUUUUCGACUUCCUUGCCUAGUCUGGAUGAUACCGAGGAAGAGUCCGAGGACCCCACCAAAGCUGAGCGCUAUGCUGACGAGACCGACGUUGUCAUCGUCGGUGGUGGUCCCGCUGGUCUCAGUGCUGCUAUCAAGUUGAAGCAGCUCGCCAACGCCGAUGGACGUGAGCUCCGCGUUGUCCUUGUUGAGAAGGCAGGCGAGAUCGGUGCUCACACUUUGUCCGGUGCCGUCUUGGAACCCCGUGCCUUGAAUGAGUUGAUUCCCGACUGGAAGGAGAGGGGCGCCCCCCUGAACCAGCCUGCCUUGGAGGACCAAAUGAAGUUCUUCACCAAGAACUAUGCCAUCCCCUUGCCUCACCCUCCCCAGAUGACCAACACCGGCAACUACAUUGUCUCACUCAGCAACUAUGUCAAGUGGCUCGGUGAGCAGGCCGAAGAGGCUGGUGUCGAGGUCUUCCCCGGAUUCGCUGCCAGUGAGAUUCUUUACAACGAGGACGGAAGUGUCAAGGGAAUCGCAACCAACGAUGUCGGACUGGACAAGAACUUCCAGCCCAAAGAAGAGUUCGAGCGCGGCAUGGAGUUCCACGCCAAGGUCACCCUCUUUGCCGAAGGAUGCCACGGUUCGUUGACCAAGAAGCUCUUCCGCCAGUUCAACCUUCGUGAGGAGUGCGAUCCCCAGACUUAUGGUAUCGGAAUCAAGGAAGUCUGGAAGAUUGACCCCAAAAAGUCCAAGCCUGGAACUGUUGUCCACGCCAUGGGCUGGCCCAUCGACAACGCCACUUACGGAGGAGCGUUUAUUUACCACAUGGGCGAGGACAUGCUCAGCUUGGGUCUCGUCGUCGGUCUCGAUUAUGAGAACCCUUACCUCCACCCCUACAAGGAGUUCCAGCGCUGGAAGCACCAUCCCUACGUCAAGGAUCUUUUGGAAGGAGGCGAGUGCCUGUCCUAUGGUGCCCGUGCCAUUAACGAGGGAGGUCUUCAGUCAAUUCCCAAGUUGUACUUCCCCGGAGGCGCCUUGAUUGGGUGCACCGCUGGAUUCUUGAACUUGAUCAAGAUUAAGGGCACCCACACUGCCAUGAAGUCUGGAAUGCUCGCUGCCGAGUCUACCUACGCUGCCAUCACCUCGGACAAAUACGAGGAGGGUAAGCCCAUUGUUUUGGAGGACUUUGAGCAAAAGGUCAAGGACAGCUGGAUCUGGAAGGAGUUGAAGGAGAUCCGUAAUUGCAGACCCAGUUUCCACACCCCUCUCGGCAACCUCGGAGGAGUUAUCUAUUCUGGUAUCGACACCAUUCUCCUCAAGGGCAGGACCCCCUGGACCUUCCACAACACCACACCCGACCACGAGCGUCUCCGUGUUGCCACCAACGCCCAGAAGAUCGACUACCCCAAACCCGAUGGCGUUAUUUCCUUUGAUCUGUUGACCUCUGUCUCGAGGACAGGCACCAACCACGCCGAGAACCAACCUGUCCAUUUGCGCCUCAAGGACAAGGAUGUGCCAGUCGAGCGCAACUUGAAGAUCUAUGAUGGUCCUGAGGGUCGUUUCUGCCCUGCUGGUGUGUACGAGUUUGUUGAGGAUGAGUCUGGCCCCGCUGGCGCCAAGCGUCUCCAGAUCAACUCUCAGAACUGCAUUCACUGCAAGACUUGUGAUAUCAAGGAUCCUAGCCAGAACAUUGACUGGACCGUGCCAGAGGGUGGCGGUGGACCUCAAUACUCGUACACAUAA